UGGGCCCUUUGGGCUGUACGCGUACGCAAGUACGUACGUACUCACCACUACAGCUACCCACACAUGACGUCCGUCCCCCCUGGAUCUCCGUAAGUCGUGAAUAUUCUCCGUCUGGCUGCUGCGUGUUUCGAGAAUGGCGCAACUUCUUUUGCGGACGCGAAGACGGCUACGAUGGUGACUGAUCACCUCAUCAAACUGACCAAUGUUCCCGAGACGGUGUCGUCGGUCACGGCCGAGUCACCGUCCGAAUCUCCCGGUGAGAUAUUCCAUCGUCUGUAUGGAGACGACCACCAUUCUGCCUCGCAAUCGCAGUAUUCCCAUGAGCGAGUGUUGGAGUGUGGGAAAUGGGGCGAUACCAAGCCAAGCCCAUUGUUCCUGCGAGCCUUUGCUGAUGCGGCGUCCUGCCUGGACCGAGAUCCCCUUUGCGGCAUCGUCUCGCCUCCGUUGAUGGGGUCGCAUGGCACUGUGCCGCUGACGGUGAUCGGACCAUUAAUUGACGUGAUCCGCCACGUUACCAAUGCCAUUGUCCGUGCCAAGCGCGAGGUACUGCUCAUCACGUCGGUGUGGCAGCCGAGCUGUGCGCAGAUAUUGAUCCGGGACGCCUUGGUGGAGCUAUCGCGACGGAGCCAGUCGAACAGGGUUGUGGUGAGGAUUAUGUUUGACAAGGCUAGUUUUUCUAACGUCUGGGAUCCGCAUCGUCCUGUGAGCGAGGCGGAAUGGACGUCGAAAGCCAUUGACCUGCCAUCCCUCGAGGAGAUUCCCAACGUGGACCUGGACGUGGCGAGUUACCACUGCGUGCCCCUGGGUACGCAGCACGCCAAGUUCUGCGUGGUGGAUGGAACGUCGGCCAUGGUCAUGAGCUGCAAUAUGGAGGAUAACGACAACAUGGAGAUGAUGACGCGGCUGGAAGGGAAUGUUGUCCAGGGGCUGAGGGACACGGCUCUUCUGUGCUGGGGGAAGAGUCUGGGAAGAGACGCCCAAGGCCUUGAGAGGAAGAACUCUGGGGUUGAGGUUGGGGAGGGCGAAUUGCGGCAUGUGCGCAGCAAUGAUUUGAAGCCUGAAAUCAAGAACGAAUGCUUGGUCCCGCUUAUGCCGGACCAACCGCACUACGACGUCGACAUUGCAUCCGAAAUCAGGAGGGUCCAGGCCAACCAUGAACCUGGGAGGGGAGAAACGCCGCUCCAGGCCACGAACCGCGUUCUCAACAUGAUGGCGAGAAAGCAGGUGCCGCCUUCCGGGCCUGAGAUUGCACCUGACGAGGUCUUUACGCCAUAUAUCACGACAUUGACGCCGCAGGACGUACCCAUUGCCAUGGUGUCACGGUCCGCCUACGGGCCGGUGGACAAGUCAAACGUACAUGUGCCUCAGAACGAGGCGUGGCUAUCCUUGAUCAGGAACGCCGAGCGGAGUGUGUUCAUCCAGACCCCAGAUCUUAACACCAUGCCCGUUACCGAGGCUAUCGUCGAUGCCUUGACGCGUGGGGUCGAAGUGACCGUGUAUCUCUGCUUCGGCUAUAACGACGCUGGCGAGAUGAUUCCUGGUCAGGGUGGGACAAACGAGCAAGCCACGCAGAGGUUGCUAGCCAUGCUGCCGGCAGAUGGCCCGGCCCGUGAGAAGCUUCAUGCGCACGACUACGUCGGCAAAGACCAAAAUUAUCCGAUCCACGCGUCGUUCAAGGCAAGGAGCUGUCAUGUCAAGAUCCUGAUUGUGGAUGACUGCGUCGGUGUGCAGGGCAGUGGCAACCAGGACACGCAGACCUGGUAUCAUAGCCAGGAGGUCAAUGUCAUGGUGGACAGCCCACUGAUAUGUAGGGCGUGGCGAGAGGGGUUGGAGAGGAACCAGAACACACACCAAUUUGGGGCUGUGGCCGAGGACGGGAUCUGGAGAGACGCGGAUGGGAACCCUGGUGAAGGAUACAGAGGGAAUCCUGGCGUGCUGGAAGGUAUAUUAUGGGGCGCUGGGGGCAUGUUCAAGAAGCUCAAGGACUCCCACGGCUAACGACGUGGCAAGGAAUAUCAUGUUUUGGAUCUACUUGAGUUGCAGCCUCGAUGCCUCGGACUGGACAAUUUCGGGAAUCGCCUCAUAGAGACCGUGCUCCUUGGGCUGCCAUCCAAGCACCUUUUUGGCCCGGAUGGCCGUUGCGCGCGAGUUCAUGCCCCAGCUUGCCGCCUCAAACCCGGCAGGAGACUUGACGGCUUCGUCGUAUGACAUACCCUUUGUCUCCAAUUGGUCCUUGUUGCUUAGACCUUGCUUCUGCACCUCCUUGCCGAUAGCUUCCGAGAGUGGUCCCCAUGUGUGC